AUGAGCGAAAGCAGCGAUUCUGCUAAGUCAUGCACUUCACAAAAUGGCGGUCAUAACGUGACAAAGCGAAAACCACGCCCUAUGCAGCGCGUUAGUACUGACGGUGAACGCACUGGAAUUUUUAACGCCGGUCUUCGACUACCAUCUUUUUACCCUGAUGACCCGGAAGUCUGGUUCGCACAAGUCGAGGCUCUAUUCGCGAACGCCGGCAUUACUGGUGACUCCACCAAAUUUAAUUACGUCAUCGGCAAUCUCGAUCACCAAUAUUCGCGCGAGGUCAAGGAUAUUUUACUGGCUCCACCUGCUGCUGAUAAAUACAAUAAAUUAAAAACCGAGCUAAUCAAGCGACUUUCGGCUUCUCAAGAGCGCAAGGUGAAACAGCUUCUCAUGCAUGAAGAUCUUGGAGAUAGAAAGCCAUCACAAUUCCUGCGUCAUCUCCAGAACCUCGCAGGCCAGAACGUACCUGAGGACUUUCUCCGUACCAUCUGGUGCAGUCGCCUGCCCGGAAACAUCCAGACCCUUCUCGCAUCGCAGCCUCAUAGCUCACUAGAGACCCUUGCAGACUUGGCCGACAGAGUGCAAGAUAUAGCAUCCCCACCGCACCACAUUGCUGCGACAUCUGCGCAUGGACCCAGUUUGCAGUCCAUGGCUGACGACCCCGCUCGAGGACUCGACAUCAGCGCCGUGACAGAAGUGGAUCAUCUAGACGUUCCGAGUCCAGCUAUCGGAGGUAUCCGAUAUGCUGGUAUCACCAACGGUUUAGGGACGGCGCAACGAAAUGCAUAA